GAGGCACCGAAACCUCUCUCUAAUCUCUGUCUUCCUUACCGUUGCUUUGCGCUUUACUUGGAAGAAAUUAUUUUCUUUCUCAACUGCUCUCUCUCUUUCUUUCUUUCUCUUCAUUCUCAGACUUUCAUUUUUGUCCACAAAAAAAUAAGGAAAACGUUUCAACUUUCAACUAAUGGCUGCCAAUCUCUCCCUCCGGCCCAGCCACCACCGCUUCUCCCCCGCCGGUGGCUAUUCAUCCUUCCUCCGGCCGCCGUCGGCCCCCGUACCUGCCGCUCUGAAGGCAAUAAAGUCCUGCCGCAGCCAGCCAUGGAGGGGAUCGAUUUCCCCCGCGGGGGCUCGGCGGCGGAUUCUGGCCGCCAGCGCCAGAGCCGACGACUCGGCGCCGUACGGGAUGUCGCUGGAGAACGCGCUCAAGCUGCUCGGGGUCGCGGAGGGAGCUUCCUUCGACGACGUCCUUCGCGCCAAAAACUCGAUCCUCGCCACUUGCAAAGACGACAAGGACGCAAUUGCUCAGGUUGAAGCUGCAUACGACAUGAUCCUAAUGCAAAGCCUAUCUCAACGUCGGGCAGGGAGAGUGGCAAACAGUCGAAUUCGUUACGCUGAUGUGAAACCCGCGAGCCCUCCAGGAGGAGGGAUGGGAGGAUCAAUGCCGAAAUGGCUGCAAACUACAGUCAAGAAUGCUCCUGUCUCGGUAGAGGCCCCACCAACUACCGAUUUGGGAAUACAAGCCGGUGUCUAUGGAGCAUUGAUGGUUCUAACGUAUGCCAAUGGUGCUUCCACCUCAUCCGUGGUGCCCUAUGCAGCAGCUGAUGUCCCCGGGCUGCUCCUGGCCACGAGUUUUGGUGCUUCAUUAUACUUCAUGACCAAGAAGAAGGUGAAACUAGGUAAGGCGACUGUGAUUACAUUGGGAGGGCUCGUGGCUGGUGCUGUGGUGGGUUCAGCGGUUGAGAGCUGGCUGCAGGUUGAUAUUGUCCCGUUUUUCGGACUCCACUCUCCAGCUGCGGUGGUUAGUGAGUUCAUUCUGGUCUCUCAAUUCUUGGUUUCCCUGUACCUAAGGUGAAAGGAGGGUAAAGAAGAAGGGAGGAAACAUCUACAACUGUAACACCUGUAAUUACUCAAAUUGCAUGAUCAUAGCCAAGCCAAGCCAAGUUUUUUUGGUUUUCUCCUUGUAGGAUGUGUAUCAUUGCACCUUUGUAUAAAACUGCAAUUUAGAAUGUAGUUGGGAUAUACUUGUGUUAAGUUAUAAAUGGUUAUUUCCCCGAUAAUUCUCUUUUUCAUUAAAAAAAAAUGUUCAAGAUCUUCGAGACAUUUCAUAGAC